AUGAACGCACAGAAUAUCGUCUCAACUUUGAGUGAUUUAGUUUCUCGUCAGUUAUCGAGUAAAGAGCCGUCUCCAAUUACGUCACAGGAGCGACAAAUGGCUGAAUAUCUUGCCGAUAUAGUAAAACUUAUGGUCAGCGGACAGAAGGUUGAUUAUGACGAAGAAACAAUCAUAGAUUUUGCUGGAUCUACAGACGAAGAAGAUAGUGAGGAAGAAGAGCAGCAUGAAGACGGAGAAGUGGACGAGGACCGCACGAACAAAGAAUUAUUGUUAGAAAAAUACGAUUUAAAAAGUUUUUCAGAGGAUUUUAUGCGUCAAAUAAUUGAUUUCGUUGAUCAUGCGGGACCUGGAAGUAAACAUGGUCGUUCUUGGAAGGCAAGUCAUCAUAGCUUUAGAACAAUCCCAAACAGACAUUAUAUUCCGCAUUUCCGAAAAUAUCUUGAGCAUCAUGGAACUAAAAAACAAAAAACGCAAAAUCUGAACGAGCUACUUUACAAAAAGUUAAUUGAUGCACGAGAAAAAAGCCUGGCAGUUCAUGAUUUGGACAUACAACGGUGGGGUUUACGGAUAGCCAGAGAAAUUAAGCUUGAGGAAUUUCGUGCUUCUCAUGGUUGA